AUGGCUCACGCUGUCGCUGGUUCCAAAGGCGGGCCUCUUACAAACAGCUCACGCUCGUUCUCCAACGUCGGUUCUUCCACCACCUCCGACAACAACCCGGGCGCUUCUCUCAACACUCAUGUCGCCGCUAAUCCUACUCCCUGGGGCGCCAAAGGCAUCUGGGGCAGCGGUACUUUGGGCAGCGGACUGACUUCAAGAGUAGCGCUUCGUAACCCGGCGUCACGCGACGCUCCGCUGCCUGCGACCAACAACCACGGCGAUGGACUCGCCAACAAAACCGGCUCGGGCGCGUUGGUCGACUCCUCCACCACCGAUGACUCCGCCUACCGAUCAAAGUGGAGUGUAAUGCCGCCUUUGUCCUCUACCCGCACCGUCUCCCAUGCCGCCUACCCCGACUCGCAUUACUCUCCACAGCGUAGUGUGAGCAACGCUGGCCUCCCCUUUUCCUUCUCUGCCACCCAACAAAGCUUCUCUACCCUCUCAUCUCGCCAACCUGCCAUCAAUCUGAGCUCGAAUGGAGCCGCACAAGCAAGGACGAACUAUGGCUCGACAUUCUCUAACCCGCCGGUCAACAAAAUCGGCGAGCACCCUCCCACCGUCUACACCAAGUUCGACCGUCCCGUGGACCCUAAUCUCCCCAAGCUGCCAGACUCUGGCAGAGGUAGUAUGUGGGACUCAUCUCCCACUGAUGAACGGAGCGGUCAACUUGCGUGGCGCACUGGGGCUUCCGGGAGUGCAGCCGCUUCUCGCACCGCGAGUCAAGCCCGUUCACACCAAUCCGAGGACCGUCCGGUGUUUACGAAGCCUGAUUACUCGCGUCCGAGUCAGCGUCCUAGCUACAGCAACUCUCGAACAACAUCGCUCUCGUCGCAAGGCAACAGCUCGUACGCUUCGCCCAUGCUGCCGAGUGCCGAUCAGAUCGCUCUCCAACUUGGCCAGCUUUCUAUGAACUCCGGGAACCGUCCACCAUCGUCUUUUAACAGAACUUACGCAACGCCGCCCUCGAACAACUCGAUGCAUCCCACCCGAGGUGGUCGCGACGCUUCUCACGAUCUCACCCACCCUGCCGGAGCUGGGGCUGACUUUCACGAUGCUAGGGAUGCCGGCACUGGAUAUAUCGGCGCCGAUCCCUCUUCACCUCGCCGACUGCCUCAGAACAGUGCAGAGUGGACUAAUCCGGGCUUCAAUAACAGAUUUCUCCAGCUUUCUGCUGGUCAGCCGGGCAAGCAAACGCAGCAGCAUCAUCCAAACGGAAACGACAGUUAUUCGAGCUGGGACCUCUCAUCGGCGCCUCGCACCGCCGGCCAGUGGGCUAUGCUCGCGAGUUCAUGUAUGGCUGGUAAUGGAUCUUCUCCAACCUCGCUUUCUGACGGCUCUUACAUCGACCCGCGUUUCCAGCAAUUGUUCGAGUCCCACCUGCGCAACGCAUACCACCCAAUGUUCAACCAGUAUGCAUUCGCGCCCCAGCUCCCACUUGGCUUCCCCGGCUCGUUCGUGCCCUUCACGCCUAUGAACAUGGGUGGUGGUAUCGACGCGAAUGGCAAUUCGCAAGGCGCCAGCACCAGCACGAAUCUUUGCAGCAACCUCAUGUACGAAUUCAAGCUCAACACCAAAGCUAGGUACGAGCUCAAAGACAUUUAUGACCACAUUGCGGAGUUCAGCGGGGAUCAACACGGGUCGAGAUUCAUCCAGAACAAGCUGGAGACGGCGAACUCGGACGAGAAAGAACGGGUGUUUCAAGAGAUUGAGCCAAACACCAUCCCUCUAAUGACCGAUGUCUUUGGUAACUACGUCAUCCAGAAGUUCUUUGAGCACGGCGAUCAGACGCACAAAAGGGCCCUUGCGAAUAAAAUGAAGGGACAAGUUUUGAACCUGAGCAUGCAGAUGUAUGGGUGUCGGGUGGUGCAAAAGGCCCUGGACCAUGUUCUGGUCGACCAGCAAGCACAACUCGUGCGUGAGCUUGAUGGACACGUGAUGAGAUGCGUGAAAGAUCAGAACGGGAAUCACGUCAUUCAAAAGGCCAUUGAAAGAUGUCCAGCCAACACGAUCGACUUCAUCAUCAAGGCCUUUGUGGGACAGGUGCAGCAUCUCAGCAUCCACCCAUACGGCUGCCGCGUCAUCCAGCGCUGUCUGGAGCGCUGCGAGCCACAGCCCAAAGCCAUGAUCAUGGCCGAGCUGAUGGGCGGCAUUCAAGGCAUGAUCUCGGAUCAAUACGGCAAUUACGUCGUUCAGCAUGUGGUGGAGCAUGACGAUGGCGAAGCGAAGCGCCACGUCCUCAACAUCGUCGCCGGGAAUCUGGAGUCGUACAGCAGACACAAAUUCGCGAGCAAUGUGGUUGAGAAGUGCCUGGAAAAGUCCGACGACGAGUGGAGGCGACGCGUAAUCUACACGCUUGCGAACGACGAUAUCAUGAGAUGCGAAGGCGAGGGUUUGAUCGUCGGCUUGAUCAAGGAUAAUUUCGGAAACUACGUGAUCCAAAAACUCCUCGAAACGCUCUGCAUGGAAGACUACGCCCACUUCCUCGACCUCCUGAACCCCGCCGUGCAACAAGCCAGGCGCACAGGCUGCGGCAAGCAAAUGCUCGCCAUCGAGAAGAAAUCCCACCGCUUCUCCGACCUCCGUCUAGGCGGCGGCGGCGGGCCUCCCCCUCAUUUCGCCGCUUACCAGCCGCCACCGCCCCUCCCGCCUUCCCAGUUCGCGAGCAACUACGGCUCCACCAAUACCACGCCGCCGCCUCUUACGUCGGCCACGCAGAGCCCGCAGAGCUCCGCUUUGCAGAGUGUGAAUGGGGAUGCGGUCGAGGGCGCUGCGCCGGGGAGUAGGAAGGGGAGUGAGAUUUCGACUGAUGGAGGCAGGUUUGGGCGAUGA